UGUAUAUAAAGAGUAAAUGUGCCUCUUAACUCAUUAUCAUUUUAUGUAUUUUAUUUCACUUCUUACCAAGUCUACCAGUUUGUGGGAUACCAAAUAUCCUUUCCAGAUCACACAAAAAACUAACAGCCCCUUGAGCAAAAAUGAUCCAAGAAAGCUACCAGAGCUCAGGAAGUAAUGGUGACCGAAUCUACGAAUUUAGCGCCCAUGACAACUGGCAGGGAAGACCAACUACAAACCCUCAUAGCCCUGCUAGCACUGCGGAGUAUGUGGAUUAUUACAGAGGAUUUCUGAAUCAACUACUGGACUUGUUACAAAGUGAGGAUCAGCCGGCAAUAGAUCGGGUAAUUAGUCUCAUACGAUCUGGCGCAUCUCAAGAAGAGGUCUUUGCGACGAUCCAGAGCAUAAACAAUUAGUGUGAAAGGAAGUUACUCACCACGAUUUUGCAUACGGAAUCUUAUAAUUGUACUUGAUUUACGCUAUGGAUAGUUCUUUUCAGUGAAAAUGUAUCACCUCCCGUGGGUAGGAUGAAUAUAUUGCUAGAUACAAGUUCUAAAGUACUAAAA